AUGAGUACACUGUCCAUCAUGCCCUCGUCCCUUGUCGGGCCCACCGAUAUCCCCCGCCGCCCCUCUCCAUGGCACGAUAUCGCCCACUCCCUGUCCGCCGCUUCUCUCCCACCAUCUCGCCGCGAUUCUACACCAUCCAUCCCAUCUCCUCCGUCCACCGCGUCCAACCCCUCCACGCCCCCCAACAUCUCUUCUCUCGCUUUACGCGAAUGGGAACAGCGCCUCUCCCAUCCGGCCUCCUCCGCUACUCGACAUCAACUUGUGCACCCUCGUCGAUCCCCUACGCCAAAGCUCGCGGCGGAGCGCGAUAAGAUGGGGUUUAUAGAGUACAAGCUGAAGCUUAUCGAUCCGACGACCGAGAGGUUUGAGAGGCUGGUGACGCAGAUGAUGUGGAGGCUGAAGCAGGGCAAGAAUGAGGCGAUAUACGAAUUUGGGCUGGCUGAUGACGGUACUGUGGUGGGGCUGACGCGAGUCGAGAUGGAUUCCUCCUUGCGGACUCUCGAGCUCAUGGCUUCAGAAGUCGGCGCCACAGUCAUCAUCCUCAAAGAGAUUGUCCUCUCUGCCGCCUCCAUCUCGUCUCGAUCUGCCACCGCCAUCGAGUCCAUCUCCCUUCCACCUUCCAGAGGCCUUCCUGCCGAAUGGAUCGCUCGUCGGCCCGAUCUCGAUGAGAACGGCCAGCCUCGCAAGGGCAACAAGGACUACGAUCAGGGGCCGAAGGGUCGACGUGCAAAGAAGGAGGAGAAGCAGCUCCGACACGAUAGGAAGAAGGAAAAGCUGAAAGAGAAGGGAAGCGGCUCAAGCGACACCGAUUCGUCCUUUUUCGACAUGAACGACCCGGGCCCGCAGUACUCGCCUCCCAGCUCUGCGCCGGCUGCCAAGAAGGGCGUCAACCAGCCAUCGCCAGAGGUGUCCGACAAGAAGCGACGUCGGUCUGCUGCCAGGCAGGAGAAGCGUCGGCUAGACCUCUUACGAGGCGACGGUACCAACCCCUUGUUCUCUGACGAAUCGUUCAAGAUUGUCAUACCACACCAGCCUGCCCGUCCUUCGUCAUUACGACUCGCCACCCCCGCAGAGAUGCCAGAAGACUCGUUCGGCGAUGACCUGCUCCAUAUCCCCCUCGACUCUUUGUCCCUCUCUUUCGCCGACGUCCGCACCGUUGCCUCGCCAACGCCUUCUUCCUCAGCGUCUUUACCACGUGCGCUUUCGCCUUUGUCGGCAGCGUCCAAUGCAGAGACGGUGCUGCCAUUGGACGACCCGGCAUUGGCGUCGAGCACAAUUGUGCCCCCGCCAGUAGGCGAGGAGUUGAUUUGUGUUGAGGCGCUCGUGGUGAGGAAGGUCCAGCAUGGGCAUGGGGGAGAGGGGGAGGAUGAGGAUGGAGAAGGGGAUGACAGUGAAGAGUGGGGGUAUGGAGGGGAGGAAGAUGUAUGGGGUUUCGGAUUGGAAGAUGAUUAG